AACAACUACCUGAAGACUAUUAUUCUCUCUCUCUUUCUCACAAAAUCUUAAUUACACGAGAAACGGAAAGAAAAUGACUCCCCGCAUAGCUCCUCGAUGUUUCUCCACCAUCAUGCUUUUAUGGCUUCUAUACACUUCACCGCUAGAUGUUAUAGCUCAAGGUCAGGGAGGACAAGGUGAUAUACCAGUUGUUAAUCCUACAGCUCCUGGGGGUAGUACCACCACACCAACCAUAACACAACCAUCACCGCCUUCCUUGACAUUCCCAGGUCCAACUACACCAACAACUUCACCAACUGGUGGUUAUCCACCACUUGACGGUACCACACCAACUGGUGGUUACCCACCACUUUAUGGUACCACACCACCAGGUGGUGGUGAUGUAGGUGGUGGAGGAGGCGGUUAUGGUGGUGGUGCACCUGGUGGAGGUGGAGGUGGUGACACUGGUGCAGGUGGUGGAGGUGGCGGUUAUGGUGCACCUGGUGGUGGCGGUGGGGGUGACACUGGUGCAGGUGGUGGUGGUAGUGGCCAGUGGUGUAUAGCGAAAGCAAAUGCUUCGCCAACAUCAUUACAGGUGGCUUUGGAUUAUGCUUGUGGGUAUGGAGGAGCUGAUUGUGGCCAGAUACAACAAGGUGCAGCCUGUUACGAGCCUAAUACUAUUCGUGAUCAUGCUUCCUUUGCUUUCAAUAGUUAUUACCAGAAGCAUCCUGGCUCAGACAGCUGCAAUUUUGGAGGAGCAGCACAACUCACCAGCACAGAUCCAAGUAAAGGAAGCUGUCACUUCUCAUCAUCAUCAGGAACAGUAAGUACAAGCCCGCCAAGUCAAAUGAGUCCACCAGAUUUUAAUUCCCCACCAUCUACAUACCCACCCCCAAUAACAACUCCAACUACAGGCAUAACUGGUUCUGGACCACCCUUCGGCGUAGCAGAGCCAACCGGGCUUCCGAGUUCAGCAACCUCUGUAUCACAUAGCCUUCUCUCAAUAUUUACAGCAGUUGGGUUACUAAUGCCACUGCUCAGGGAAAAUUAUCUAUAAAGGAAAACAGUUUCAGGGUUUCAAUCAUUCUCUGCAAAUUAUGAAGCGUGUUUUCCACAUCUACGAUCUAUGAAGUUCAAAAAAGCCGCCGUGAUCUGCAAGAAGAUUUUAAUCCAUGACCUAACUCUCACCAUCUGUUCUAUUGCUAUAGUUUAUCGCUGAAAAGUAUAUUUAUCUAGUAGGGAUAUAUUACAAACUCAAAGGGCUUAGGAAAUAUACAUUCUUGUAGACA